AGAUAAGACCUACGCAAGCUGACUGCUGGCAAACACGCUUUAGAGCGCGUUAUUUGUGACUGAGUGUGCCGGGUGCAUUUGUGUUUCACGCUAAUUAGCAGACUUAGUUAGUCUUCAGAUGGCGAAUGCGCUUAUUGACCGAGAAGAUGAAGCGCCACCAGUGUUACAACGCGAAAGCGGCUCUUCAGCUCGAAAAAUGAGGCUAGACGCCGAGCAGAUCUUCGACAGCGCGCUUAACCCCGAGGUGGUGGAGGUCACCAGUCUCAAAACCUGGAGCUUAAUUCCGCCCCUUCCCCUCGGCCCUGUGAUCACUCCCGGGCCCCACAGCCCCAGGAGCCCCUUUCCCUGUGAUCCCAAGCUCAAUGACAAGAUCGUCCUGUGGGUCGGCGAUAUUUCCUUGCUGAAUGUGGAUGCUAUUGUCAAUUCUACAAAUGAAUCUAUGCUGGAGAGAAAUUCUGUCAGCGACCGGAUAUACAGUCAGGCUGGCCAAGGACUUCUAGAGGAAAUAAAAAAUGAAAUCAAAGAGUGUAAGACUGGGGACGUCCAAGUCACCAGUGGACACAACCUGCCCGCCAGGUACAUUAUUCACACCGUCGGUCCCAAGUACAACAUCAAAUACCAAACAGCUGCUGAGAACUCGCUUCACUCCUGCUACAGGAACGUGCUGCAGAAGGCUUGUGAACUAGGCGUCAACACAAUCGCCAUUCCUGCAAUCAACUCGGUCAAGAGGAACUAUCCCCCUGACCAGGGGGCCCACAUCGCCCUGAGGACAGUCAGACGGUUUCUGGACAAGUACAGCUCCUGUCUAGACAAGGUUGUGUUGACCGUCGAGAAUUCAGACGCCGGAAUCUACGAGCUACUUCUGCCCCUGUACUUCCCCAGGACCGAGCAAGAGGAGUUUCACGCGGCCCGCCAGUUGCCAAACUGUGUCGGAGGUUUGGACGGUGAGCCUUUGCUGCCAGAUCGCCAAAUUCGCAUCAUUGACAACCCGCACCAUUUACACGCAGACGAGGAAAGUUUGUCCACUCAGCUCGAGGGCCUGGGUGUGGGAGAGCACGCUUUUAGUCAGAUGCAAGGUGACCUCGACCAGCAAAGACUGCUCGGGGACCUUCCUACCUAUAACACCGAAUACACGUCUGAAUCGAUGAUGCGCGAGAUGCAGAACAACAUCAGCUACGACCGCCUUCUCCGCCGCGCUAGGACGGAAGAUCUAUCUGAAAUCUCUGGAAUUGGAUGCCUGUACCAAAGUGGCGUUGACAGAUUUGGCAGACCAGUGAUCGUGUUUGUCGGCAAAUGGUUCAAGUUCAACGAAAUCAACUUGGAAAAGGCACUGCUGUAUUUGAUCUACUUGCUGGACCCUUUAGUCAAGGGAGAUUAUGUAAUCACGUAUUUCCACACAAUGACGGGCAACAACAACUAUCCAUCCUUUAAUUGGCUUAAAGAAGUCUACAACAUUCUUCCAUACAAGUACAAGAAAAACCUUAAGGCCUUCUACAUUGUUCACCCUACUUUUUGGACUAAGAUGAUGACUUGGUGGUUCACAACUUUCAUGGCUCCUGCAAUCAAACAAAAAGUGUUCAGCCUGCCUGGAGUAGAAUACUUGUACACGUCAAUGACUCCUGAUCAGCUUGAGAUCCCUGCAUUUAUCACCGAGUACGACAUGACUAUUAACGGUAUUCGGUAUGUGAGUGCGAGCGAGAGCGGCUGACCCCUAGCCUUAACCCCGUACCAGCAACUGCUGCUGUCGCCAGCAUAGUGCCCUAGUGUUUCCUCAAGUGAACUCAUUUGCAUAGUGAGAGCUUAAUAAAAUAUUUCGGGACUGCAUUGUGCAUUCAAUUAAUAUACAUUGUGCUGAGAUAAUUUGUAACUAAAGAUAGUCUUUGCUGGACGCAAUUAGGUUAACUAUACUUCAUGUCUGUGUUCUCGAUCCAGAAAAACUUCUCUUCACACACAUUUUGUAUGUGUAAACAGCUGUUUAAGAAUCUCGAUUGAUUUUGAGAUGCGGUUGCUGCUCAAACUUUUUGGAACAGCAAGUUUGUUUUGCACUCUUUAGAUGUCAGCAACUUUUGACGCAUUCAUAAGGCAAUGAUGUAAAAACGCUUACGGAAUGAAAUAAUUGAUAAAAAGAGGCCUUAGAUAAAAACAAAUUGGGUUUGGAAACGGAAGGAUAUAAUUCCUUGCUGGAUUACCAUGCAUAUCAUAAACAAUGCUUUCAUUACAUAAAUUAGUCGAUGAUAAAAAAUAUACCUUCAGUGUGUCGGUGUGUGCUUCAGAAAAAUACAAAAAUAAUUAAAUUUGGAUAACUAUACAGUGAAAGAUAUUUCUAUUGGCUGAUGGUAAUGAGAAAAAAGGAUAGAGAACUGAUUGGAGCUGUACAUAAAAUUGAAAAGGAUUAAACGGCUUGCCAUUUCAUAGAGUUUUUUUUAUAGGAUUUUGCAUUUGUUCUGUUUUGUUUUAGAAAUUCUUUGAGCACUUAAAACUUUCUGUGAUUAACAUAAUUCACUUUUCUAAUUAAUUUGCAAUAUUUUUGCUGCUGAAUAGUUAUGUAUUAAGCAAUAAUGCAAGAAACAUCCCAUUGUAAACAACGGUAAAUAAACACUAAUAGAAAUCCCAUGUUAAGAAAUACCAAUAAGACACCAGUGUAAAUGUGUACUUUAAACAUCUAACCGAGUUUAAUGACUGGUUGUGUUCAGCGCUUAUGACAUCAGUGGUCACACCUCCUUUUCUAGCUGUUACAGGACGCUGCGGAGGGGUUUCAAGUCCGUAGAAAAGAAACAUACUAUUUGAACACAGAAAUGAAUAUUAAACUGAAUUAUAUAAUAUAUGUAGCAGUAUAGUUUUAAGACCAGAUUGUUAAUUGACAGAGAAAUAAUGCUGAGGUUUUAUUACAAACCCGUACUUGUAGUACACGUUGAAGUAUAACCUAUUAUUUGUUACGAUCAUAGACUGAAUACUCUGCAAAAAUUUGAAUUGUUGUAAAAGCGCACUUGCGCGCUGCAUACACAGAAAAAACUAAAAUUAUAUUGGUGAUAUGUAAAGCAUCUUGAUUUUAAUAAACUAAUUCAAUCAAGUCUAGAA